AUGUCUGUUGCCUCAGAAUCCUCCCAGACUGAUGUCUUGGAGUAUAUUAUCACCCACAUAUUCUGUCCUGUCAAAUUACUGCAGCACAGUGAUUAUACUCUCAACAACGAUGGCUCCCUCCUUAAUGUUGAGCAGUGGAGUCCUUUGUUGAAGAUGCUGGAGAAUCUUGCUGUUAUGAUGACUUCUCCUUCCCUGACUGGGGAGGUUGUCGAGUCGCAAGUCAAAUCCAUGCAAGCAGGAGAUAUUCUUGCAUAUCUGAUUUGGGAACAAAAUGCUGCUGUAGUACUUUGUAUGCUUGACAUGAAAACCAUCUUUGAAUCCUUUGAAGUUUCACCACCUGCAUAUGCUGUCAUGGAGGCAAAGGGGAAGCUCCUGUGUUUGUAUCCAGGACCUGCAAUUGCCAUAUCCAACUCAGUGGUGGAUAACCCUACCUUUCCUCCUGAAUUUGGGAACUUUCUCUCGCACAUGAGCUCUGAUGGGUUAGAUCCCUCAGUUCACAAAGGAGAGACUGUACAUCCUCACUAUAUCACCCAGCUUCUCACUGAUAUCCUUUACAUGUUUGGCGAGCCAUCUGAUGUCCCUUGUAUUUGA